CGCCAGGAAGCCCCCCGAGCCUCUCCGCCGGGCCGUCGCCGACUGCCUCUCGUCCCCCAGCCCCGCCCACCAUGGCCCCCCUCUUCCUCCUCCUGCUCCUCCCAUUCCUCGGCUUCCACCGAGGCCUCUCGGACUCUUCGGGUGCGUAAUUACUCCCUUCUCGUUCUUGAUUUCGCUGGGCCGCGUUUAGAUCUCGAGAGGAUUCUGGAGCUGGGUCUCACUUCAAAAUCGUAGCUUUUGCGCAUUCGGUGACUGGGGGAGGUUUGGGUGGCAGUGGGGGAUUGGCCUCCAUGGUGAUUGCGAGUGACCCGGAUGCAGAUUUGGAAUCUAUGUUAUCGUGUAAUGUAUUAAAUUGUGAUCUAGCUAUAGUUGGAAUGGUUUUUGCGGUUCGUUUGGUAGAUGAGAGAAGGAAAAAAAGGAAAGUAAAAGCUGGAAAAGGGAAUCUUUUGCUGGAUUUGUUGUUGAAAGGGGACAGCUUGCUGGCUGAUGUGGGGCCACUGACUGCACACUGAGGUUCUUGUUGGCUCAAAAGCAAUGGAUUUCAUUUCUCCUGUAUUUUUCUUGGCAACAAACAGAGCAUGGGUUGAUCAUUGGGUGGAAGAUAAUGCCCCAUCAUGUGAUUAUCUCGCAUCCCCUUCAACGACUGAUCUUGCGUACAGUGUCAUUAUUGAACAUGCUAUAGCCGAGAAAGAGCGCAGUCCAGCAGUUGUUGCAAGCUGUGUGGCUCUUCUAAAAAGAUACCUUCUAAGAUAUAGACCCGGUGAGGAGACGCUCCAGCAGAUUGACCGAUUUUGCAUGAGCAUAGUCGCCGAAUGCGACAGUCUGACCCGAAGAGUGGGUCCUCGAUCCGGACCUUUGAGCCAACCUGCUGCUUCUACGUCAUCCUCAAAUGUCACUUCUCCUCGUGCUCCUCUACCAGUUUCUAGUUUCGCUUCUGCAGCUCUCAUUAAGUCCCUAAAUUAUGUUCGGUCCUUAGUGGGCCAACACAUCCCGAAACGAUCAUUCCAGCAUGCAGCUUUCGCUGGAAGUGUUUCUGCCUCCAAACAUUCUCUCCCUGCGCUGUCUUCCAUGUUGAAGAGGUCUUUCAAUUCACAAUUGAACCCCACUAAUGUUUCCGAAUCCUCAGAAGGCAAAGAUGACACGAACUUAUCUGUCUCCAGCAAGUUCAGUCUCAAGAAGUCUGAAUUGGUUGAAGACCUGGAGCACAUUGCUGAUGAUGUCCUCAAGUGGCGGUGGUUGAGGGAACAGAAAUCACGGGCGUCAGCUGAAAGCGACCAUAUUGUCCACCCACAAGACAUGAAUGCCCAUAAUUUCCUAGAAGUGGGUGCAGCAGCCUUACUUGUUGGAGAUAUGGAAGCCAAAAUGAAGGGGCAGCCAUGGAAGUAUUUUGGGACCGCUGAUAUGCCUUAUCUCGAUCAGCUCCUGCAGCCUUCUCCUGUCACAACAGUGACCAAUCCUGCCUCCUCAAGUUCUCAUCUCAGAGCGAUAACAGCCUCUAAACGGACUAAAGCUGGUCCUCGGCAAAUUUGGGAGGAAUCUUCAGUGAGCACAUUCCGUCCACGUGCUCGUCCACUCUUCCAGUAUCGUCACUACAGUGAACAGCAGCCUUUGAAGUUGAAUCCAAAUGAGGUGUGUGAGGUGAUUGCUGCAGUCUGCUCAGAGGAACCUUUUUUGGUGAAUCCUAACGUCAUGACGGUAUCAUCGAAACUGAGUAAAAGCGGGAAGCCAUCAAUGGAUGCGGCUGUGAGCGUUCUGAUCAAACUCAUCAUUGACAUGUAUGUCUUGGACCCAGGGAUCGCCGCUCCUCUUACCCUGUCUAUGCUUCAGGAAAUGCUUUGUUCCAAUAGAAAGGAGUGCAGGAUUCGGGCUUUCGAUUUGAUUCUAAACCUUGGAGUUCACGCUCAUCUUUUAGAGCCAGUGAUGACUGAUGUUGCUCCCACAAUAGAGGAAGAGUAUUCUCAAGAGACGUAUCUUGAUGGGGAACCUCAGCUCACGAGUGAAGAGAAUGCUAAGAAUCCUUCCAAGACAGCAGGAUCUUCAUCGGCCAUCGAUGAUUUCGAGACUUGGAUCCUGAACAUUCUUCAUGAGAUUCUCUUGUUUCUGGUCCAGAUGGAAGAGGAGGAGGAAUCUGUUUGGGCUGCGGCUUUGAGCUGUUUACUUUACUUCGUUUGCAGUCGGGGCAAAAUAUCAAGAAAGAGAUUAAAUGGCCUUGACAUUAGGGUUGUUAAGUCACUUAUGGAGAUCAGCAGGAGGAAUUCUUGGGCCGAAAUUGUUCAUUGCAAGCUCAUUUCCAUGCUAACAAACAUGUUUUAUGAACUUUCUGAUGAAUCUGCUGAAUCCACCAUAAGUACUCCUGUAUUUCUUGUUGAUCAAGUUGACUUGAUUGGAGGGAUUGAGUUUAUCUUCCUUGAGUAUUCACUUGCAAACUCAAGAGAAGAGAGGAGAAAUUUGUACUUGGUGCUCUUUGACUAUGUUCUGCAUCAAAUAAACGAGACGUGCAUAGCUACUGGGGUUUCAGAAUACACGGUUGAUGAGAUUCAGCCUCUUGCCACCUUGCUUACUCUUGUUGAUGCACCCGAAGCCUUUUACAUCUCCGUGAAACUUGGAGUUCAGGGCCUCGGUGAGAUCUUGAGGAGGUCAAUAUCUGAAGCACUUGCCAGAUAUCCAAAUAGUGAACGAUUGAACAUGCUCCUCGAGAAUAUAACUGAGAGGUAUGAUGUGCUGGUGAGUUCAUUCACUCACUUGGACAAGGAGUUCUCUCACAUGAUACAGAUAACCAAAUCUUACAAGCUCCCCAAAAGCAUCGAGGACCCUUACUUGAGAACAGGCAUCGGCUCGAAAGUGAACCGCUACUGGUCCACCCUCCACUGCCUUCUUCACUCACAUAGCAUUGCUUGCCGGCAGAAUGGGUAUAUUUGGUUGGGCGAUCUCCUCAUUUCAGAAAUCAGCGAUGAGAAGGACUCAGACAUAUGGUUGAACAUUAAUACUUUGCGGCGGAGAAUUUCUCGGGUUGGAGUUGCAGAAUCUUCAGUUGCUUCAGACAUUCCUUUACCUGUCUGGCUCUUCUGCGGGCUUUUGAAGUCAAAGGACUCGUUUAUAAGGUGGGGCUUCUUAUUCGUUCUCGACCGGCUUCUAAUGCGGUGUAAGUUUCUCUUAGAUGAGAAAGAGUUGAUGCUCUUUAGCAGUGGCAAUCCUGAGCAUACACAAGAAGAUAGCCAUCUCAAUAAGGCCAAUGCGGUGAUCGAUAUUAUGAGCAGUGCGUUGUUGCUGCUCUGCGUGAUAAAUGAAACAGAUCGCAUCAACAUUCUAAAGAUGUGUGACAUUCUCUUCUCCCAAGUCUGCCUGAAAGUUCCUCCUGCAACCCCAACCACACAAGGAGACGGGGCCCAGGGUAUGCUGACGAACAAGAAAAACUAUGCCAUUCCCAAUGAACCGCUUUUUCAGAAAGAGAACUCCAGAAGAGUCGACCUGAAUGAUACUACAUGCGCCCGACCGAGCGAUAAUAGUAAUGGCAGCCUUUAUUCGGGAACAGCUUCAAUGGCUGCUCUUCUUCUUCAGGGACACGCUGUGGUCCCAAUGCAACUGAUUGCCAGAAUUCCUGCUGCUUUAUUUUAUUGGCCGUUGAUUCAACUUGCUAGCGCUGCAACAGAUAACAUUGCAUUGGGCGUCGCUGUUGGAAGCAAAGGAAGGGGAAACCUUCCUGGGGCUGCAUCAGAUAUUCGGGCCACUCUCUUGUUGCUUCUUAUUGGGAAGUGUACUGCUGACCCCUUGGCUUUUCAGGAAGUUGGUGGAGAAGAAUUUUUCAGGGGACUUUUGGAUGAUACAGACUCAAGGGUGGCUUAUUAUUCUUCAGCUUUUCUUUUGAAGAGGAUGAUGACAGAAAAACCGGAGAAGUAUCAGCACAUGCUUCAAAAUCUUGUUUUUAAAGCUCAGCAGAGCAACAAUGAGAAGUUGUUGGAGAACCCCUACCUUCAGAUUCGUGGCAUUCUUCAGUUGGCAAAUGAUCUAGGAAUUGAGUUGUGACCUUGGGACUUCCAAUUUCUCGAAGUACAUCCCAAGUUUUUUUAUAAAGAGGACAAUUAACAAUCCCCCAUUUCCCUGUUGAUGAUGCAUGUAAAAAUCACAAGUUGAAGUGCUGUGCAAAAUGCACAUUGUGAGAAAGCCAUUCCGAUCUAUAAGAUCACUGGCUUUAAGAGAAACAGAAAAGCUGGGACGUCGGUCCGCACUUAUCCAAAAAUACUGGGGGGACUGAGGUUCUUGAAAGUCCCAAGCAUGUAUAUUCUUCGAGCAACAUCUGUGAUGCGGAAAAUAUGCAGUGCUGAGCUGAGGUUUUUGGGUCUGGAAUUCAUUGAGGAUGGGCCCGAGGAAAUUCAUCCUGAAAAUCAUGCAUUUCACCAUUGCACUGCAUCAAACUUCCUUCUUUCUCAGGGUUUCACUGUUCAUGGGAUUGAGUGAAUGCAUCCUCAGCUUGGCAGUCCAUUAAUUUUCCAGGAGACAACCGCCAAAAGAUUGGAGGAAAUUCCUCUAUCGUCCCGGUUGCAAAUCUCCUUGCCUCCUUCUUGACCCAAUGGAGUGAAUUUGUGGGUCGACUCACCGGUUAAGUUUGCAGGUCCGGUGCUGUAUUUGGAACUGACUCGUCUUGUAGGCUUUGUGACAAUAGGAUCUUGUUUACUAACAAGGCAUCAAUGUGAGGUGUCCAUUAUUAGGGUCAUCUUCCAAGGAUGCUUGUUAUGGUUUUUAUUUUUUAUUUUCUUUUUUCACCCUGUAAAUAUUUUCAUGGGUUGUCCUUUUAUCCCUUUUGUUGUCUGUGUUUUUGGCCUAUGUUUUUGCCAAAUUGCGGGUGUUUGUAAAGUGGUUGAGAAACUUACAAUUUCAUGUAAGAAAAUUUUGCUUGCUUCAUAGUUAAUGCAUGAAAAGUUUUGUUCUUUGGUUU